GAAGGGGACACUGUCAGGCCCAGGCCCCUAGGGGGCCAGGGCCAGGCCACUGCCUGGGGGCAGCAAGUACCAGCUACUGAAGGCAGCCUGAGCCGGGCAGGGCCCCUCCCUCUGCUCCGGCAGCCCCCCAUCAUGCAGCCCCCAAUGGACCUCAAGCAGAUCCUGCCCUUUCCACUGGAGCCAGCCCCAACCCUGGGCCUCUUCAGCAACUAUAGCACAAUGGACCCUGUACAGAAGGCUGUGCUCUCACACACAUUUGGAGGACCCUUGCUCAAGACCAAACGGCCAGUCAUUUCCUGUAAUGUCUGUCAAAUCCGAUUCAAUUCUCAGAGCCAGGCAGAGGCACACUACAAGGGUAAUCGCCAUGCCCGAAGAGUCAAAGGCAUCGAGGCUGCCAAGACCCGAGGCAGGGAGCCUAGUGUCCGGGAAUCAGCAGACCCAGCUCCAGCAGGCAGCACCCCCCCAAGUGGGGAUGGUGUAGCCCCUCGGCCAGUUUCCAUGGAGAAUGGCCUGGGUCCAGCUCCAGGAUCCCCAGAGAAACAGCCUGGCUCCCCAUCCCCUCCCAGUGUUUCAGAGUCUGGACAGGGUGUAACCAAGGGUGAAGGGGGAACUCCAGCCCCAGCUUCCCUGCCUGGGGGUAGCAAGGAAGAAGAGGAGAAGGCUAAGCGUCUGCUCUACUGUGCACUGUGCAAGGUGGCUGUGAACUCCCUGUCCCAGCUUGAGGCACAUAACAAAGGUACUAAGCACAAGACAAUUUUGGAGGCCCGAAGCGGGCUGGGGCCCAUCAAAGCUUACCCUCGGCUGGGGCCUCCCACUCCUGGGGAACCAGAGGCCCCUUCCCAGGACCGAACCUUCCACUGUGAGAUUUGCAACGUCAAGGUCAAUUCGGAGGUCCAGCUGAAACAGCACAUCUCCAGUAGGAGGCACCGAGAUGGCGUGGCUGGGAAGCCCAACCCUCUACUGAGCCGUCACAAGAAGCCUAGGGGCGCUGCGGAGCUGGCGGGCACACUGACUUUCUCCAAGGAGCUGCCCAAGUCCCUGGCAGGUGGCCUGCUCCCCAGCCCCCUGGCGGUGGCUGCGGUGAUGGCCGCUGCAGCAGGCUCCCCGCUGUCCCUGCCCCCAGCUCCAGCCGCACCUCUUCUGCAGGGACCACCGAUCACACAUCCUCUACUCCACCCGGCCCCAGGACCUAUCCGAACUGCGCACGGACCCAUCCUCUUCUCCCCCUACUGACCUCAACCCUGAAUCCCUCCCAUUGAAUCCCCCACCUCCAGCCGGGACCCAGGUCUCCGGGCUCCCAGCCCGCUCCUCCUCCCGGCGCUCCCUGAAUGGUCUCUCCUUCUCCCCGUCCCAAUCCCUAGACCUCAUGGCUGCCCCCUCCCGUGACACCUCCACUGCACAACUCGGGCGGGGGCGUGACCCCCAACCUGUCCCUUCUGUGGUUUCUGUGUGGUCAGCCCUUCCAGCGCCGACCCGGGAUGGGGACCGGCCCCCACUGGCCCUCCCCUCCCCAUGGACUCUUUCUGCUUGACAAUGUAGCAACCCCUGCCCUCCACCUUCGCCCUCCCUCUUUCCUCCUUGACAAUAAAGUCUGGAUUCGUUCUGCCCUCCGCGCCCAAGA